AUGAGCUCUGGAGUCGCUUUCAGCACCCUCGCCCUUGUCGCUGCCUUGGUGUGUCUGAUGACCUGCGUGAGGUCAUCACCCAUGAACGUCAUCGAACCGGUGGUGCCUCUGGUAGAGAUGGAAAGUGAACAUGCGUGUUUUUUCAUCUGCAACAUCUGCUUCCCUGAACCGGAGGACACCCAAAAUCUCCUUGAAUGCAGCAAUGAAGUGUGUCUGACCAUGAUGGGAGGAUUCUGCCCCAUGGAGAAGUUCCUUUGGCUGGGACAUCACUGCAGACACUACAGCGAACUAGAAAGGAUGUGGUCGUCCUACGCCAAGCAUUAG